AACGUCAAAAGCGGAAGAUUGCCGAAACUUUUCCGUCAGAGAAAAACCAAAAUGUUUUCCUUUUUGAUAUAAUUCGGUGUGUUGCUGGCGAAUCCAUCAUCAAAACAACGAUACCUGCGGUCCUAGUUUCUCGGUGAAUCCUGAAUUCCGCUUGAACGGGUUAGCCAAAUUUACCAUCAAUCAUGGCGGACGAUUACGAUCAAAAGCUUCGCGACAUGCAAAAAUAUGUACCAUUUUUGGAAAAUCUAAUUCAAAAUUUAAAGAGGAGCAACAAACACGAUGAAAAACGCGAAGCACAACUCAACAAAAUGCAAAUGUUCUAUGACUUAUUGACCAACAAAAAUAAGAAAUUGAAGCUUGAAACACUGGAAAGAUGCGAACAAGUCCUGGUCAAGUUACAUCAGAAAGCGGAAAAGAUGAAAAUUGAAUUGCCUGCCGCAAGAAGCGCAUCAGGUGCGAGUGCCGCAAGAAGCGCAUCAGGUGAGGGUGCCGCCAGAAGCGCAUCAGGUGAGAGUGCCGCAAGAUCAAAUAUACCUGCGGGCACCACUCCAGCUCCUGUGAUAGUGGCAACGGAGAAAGCAAAAGAUCCAGUUUCGAUUCCCAAUAAAAUGGAAGUUGAAUCGUCUUCAUUUCCAAAACCUGGAGCUGCCCCCAUUAGUCAAACAGCUCCCAGUGAAAUUGGAAAUUCAUCUAAUUCCGUAGAUAGAAGUAAUAAUCGUCCGAGUGAUAUUGGUACCAGCCCAACUAUACAAGCGGAGUCAAUCGCCCCAACACCCAAACCUGCCCAAGAAUCACUGCCUGAAAAUUGCGGCGUGGCUUCGAUAUUUUCGAACUCUAAUGGAAACCUUGACAGCAUCGGCCAAAAAUCGGACUGUAGUCAGUUGAUGGAAACUUCACAGCAGCUCGAUGAAGCCGGCACUGCUGAAAAGCUGCCCCUACCUUCCUCGGGUACUGAACUUGAAGUAGAGUCAUCUACAGAUCAAGUUGAUACCCCACCGCCUGUUGCAGACGAAGAAUCCGUUCCGUCUGAUACACCUGAAGACUGGAAAUCUACCAAACGGAAAUCAGAACCAGGCCCAAGUGAGGAACAAUUCAGUCAAUCAGUUCAUUCUGAAAGAAAUUCACCAACUUGUGAUAUAGAAAUGAAUCAAGCUACUCCAACGAAUACUUUGCCUUUACUAAACGAAGAGAAUGAACCGGAAGCGGCUUGCUCGUCUAUGGAGCUCGAAGAGGAUGAUAAACACGAAAGUAGCCCACCGGAACCAGAGGAGCAUCCAAAUUCCAAAGAGGACCUUCCAGAGAAGAGUCUUGGGUCAACAAGUGCGACUGUUACAGCUCCGAAACCACAGCCUGUUGUUGUUAGUUCCUCGACAAUGAAGAAUGACCCUGAAGAUUGCUCUGUGAGCAGCACGACCGCCAUUGAUCCACGUCGUGACAAAACCGCUGGCGAUGAAUCGGAUGAACAAAAUUCUUUGCAGGAUACAGUCACGGACAGUUCGAGCAACAAUGAGGGCGUUAACAAAAAUUGGAUUCAGGGGGCCUUGCUCAAUUUAUUGAAUCCGAACAAUCUUGACAAAAGCACUGUUUUGGAGAUGUUAGGAAAAGUUGUUGAUGGUAGUAAACUUCAGAAGAUCAAAGAAAUCCUGGUGGCAGAGGAAAAUGAAUCUUCUGCUGAUAAAGGAGACAAGGGGACUGAUGGCGCUGACAAGGGGGCAGAAAAGGAGGUUAAAAAGGAAGAAAUUCAGAACAAUGAUGAAGUUUUAGAUGAAGUGGAUAACAAAGCUGAAGAGCCGCCGUCAUCAGAGACAGAUAAGAAGUUGAAUGAGUCGAAACCACCCCCGAAGACCCGUAAAACUGAACUCGAUCGCCUUAAUGAAGAUAUGCGUUUCAUUCUAGACACAGACCCAGAAAAUCUGGGACCAAGCACCAAAAGAUCGUGUACAGAAAACAAGACUCCUAAUUAUUGUGAAAUUGGGUCCGAGCUAAAAUCGCAACCCCAAGUGAAAGAAACCGUGGCAACUGCGCCACCACCCAAGAAAAAGAAGAAGAAAAAAUAUGAAGUGUUCUCAUACCGAACGAGACGAAGAUCCAAACGGAAGAAGCCGAAGGCGGGCGGAGUUGCAGCUCUGGCCGGGAUAGAAAGCGGAGCUGAUGGUACGGAAUCAUCUCUAGGCGGCGGUGAUAUGGAAGAGACUGCAGAUGCGGAGAGUUUACUUGAAGAACUUCCAGCCGCCAGUCAGGAAUUGGAGGAGACAAACACAACAGAAAUCAACGAGUCAUUCCUCGCGGAACUUCAAGACGAGACUGUUUCCGAUCAACCAUCUGAGGCCGAGAAAAACUUUAAAAAUAUUCAUCCAGAAAUGCAUUCCCUAAGUAAAUAUGUUUCCACUUGCGCUAUUUGUAAUUUUUCGGGUAGAUAUGUCACGACGCACUACAUGAAUUCCCAUCGCAUGACUGAAAUGGUUGUGUCGCGUUUGCCUCCGCCGGCACAGGACCGCUUGAUGCGGGGCGAGGGUAUGGAGAGUGUAUUUACAGGCAAGGAUCCAUUUCAAAAUCGUGUCUAUCAAUUCACAUGUCCGUUUUGUAAUGUGAAGAAAAACUACGCUCGGAAAAUUUGGUCGCAGCAUUUCGGAUCGCAUACGGGGGAGUAUAAAUACAAAUGUUCCGGUUGCGGCUAUAUGUCGGUGAAUGUGCGGGGUCAUAUCAUGAAGUACUGUCCAGGAUCGCGCCCGAUUAUGCUUGAGAAUUUAGACAGAGGACAAGAUAUUGUUGGAUUCAUUUGUAAGCUUUGUAACUACAUCCAAAUGAACCGGGAGCAUGUCAUUUCUCAUCUGGAGCUUCAACAUGAAUGCCUGGAGGGGACGGACGAACUCAUAUCUGAUGUGACGCUCUUUAGGUCGGAUCUUAGCAACCUGAAUACCCACAGUGCUAAGAAACAAAGAAGCAUCCAAGCCGUCAAGGCGACACCGGAGACGAAAAAGCCUGCUGCACCCGCCGCAGGUCCUUCUCAUGGUUCCAAGGCUACGAAAAAAGUUGAGGAACCGUUUCAGGAUGAAGAAAACGAAGGAGAACUUUUGGAAGUGCUACCAGAAUUGAGUGGGGAUUCCAAGUUCGAGAUCCCAAAGCCACCGGACGGGCAGCCAUUGAAAAACAUAUACCCCUACAUGCAUUCACAGAGCGAGUAUGUGACGAGAUGUGUGCUUUGUCACUACGUUGGCAAAUUCAUUACCAAGCAUUACGUCAAGGAACACCCAGAGUCGGAAGUUUUCGUUGCUCGCAUCCCGCCCGAGCGGCAGGAUUGCAUCCUCAACAACCAGCAACUGACCAAACUCGGCCCGGUCACCGUCGUGAAGUACAAAAAUUACUAUCGUCACUCCGCCUGUCCGUUCUGUCCUGUGGAGAAAUCCAGUCAGAGAUUCGACUGGGUCAUGCACUUUGCCAUUCACACAGGAGAAUAUAAGUUCCGAUGCACGCAAUGCAACCAUUACGGAAAUGCCCGGAACGAGUUUGCCCGACACUUCAAAAAUGGGUGUCCGAACGGCAAACUGAUUCGAAUGUGGUCGCACUACAAGUACAACGAAGAGGAUCCGGUUGUUGGGUUCCUGUGCAAGCUUUGCAAUUACAUCCAAAUGAGCCGUAAAAACGUGGAGACUCAUUUGGAAACGCAACAUGAAACCACGUCGGAUGAAAUACUUCAAAUUACGCUGUUCACCGGAAACCCUCGAUACAAAGGUCGUCGUUCGGUUAAGGGUGGAGGGUAUAAAAAGUCAAAACGAUCCAAACGAAAAAUCAAACACGCUAUUGAGAGUAGUGGUAACCUGGACGUGCCUGAUUUCCUCUGCGAGGGUGAAGUGGACGAAGAAUUUAUGGCCGAAGAGAAUGGUCGUGACGACGGCAGCCCAAUGCCGGAUUCAAUGGAACAAAGCGGUCUAAUGGAUGACGAUGACGUAUUGCCAAUGCACCAGAUGUCUGCCGACUUUGGAGACAGUGGAUUUGAAAAUUUAUUUCAAAUGGAAAUGUGCGAAACAGCAGCUGCCCCAACGAUACCCGAAGAACAUGGCAUGAUUACUCGACAUCGGGCUGACAAUAGCGGCGGUAGAACGGACGACGAUGGAGAACUGAUACGUCCCACCGAAGAUCCCAUACAAAACAUUCACCCUGAGAUGCAUUCCCAGAGCGCGUACGCAUCGAAAUGCCUUCUCUGCAAUUUUGCCGGGAAAUACAUCGCAAAACAUUACGUCGAAGAGCACACUGAGCACGAGGUGUUUGCUUCUCGUUUGCCUCCGGAUAGUCAGAGGAGUCUUCUGUCCGGCGAAGGAUGCAUGCCUAUACGUUGUCUGAUCCGCUCCCGGAAGAUGAAUUACUACUUCGCGUGUCCAUUUUGUAAUCUUGAACGAGACUGCACCCGACACAACUGGGUGGCUCAUUUUGGGAUUCAUACUGGCGAGUACAAGUACCAGUGUUCGCAGUGUCCGCAUCGAGGGAACGCUUCUCGGGACUUUAAACGCCACUUCAAGGGAAGCUGUCGCCACGCCCAACAAAUCAGAAUGUGGCCUGACCUAGUCUCGAAGGAGGAACCCAUCCUGGCUUACUUUUGUAAUUUGUGCAACUACAUUCAGCUGGAUCGGGGUCGUGUCAUUGAGCAUUUGAAUACCCAACAUAGCUGCUACGAGCAACUUGUGAGCAAGAUAACUCUCCUGUUUAUCGACCCGAAAGCUGGUGAGACGGAAGGAGGCUUGACUACUAGCACUCCUAACGUGACCCCUGCGAGCACUAAACCUAAAUUGGUGAAGAAAAAGUUUGGUAAGAAACGACGCCCGAUAUCGAAAAUGUGGUCUACGAGUAGCCAAAAACGAGCUGCGUUGCAACGUCACAUCCAAGCGGCAGCGGAAAAUGAGGCAGCCGAGCAAAGUGGUGAUUCGGAAGAAGAGGAGGAGGAAGAUGGCGAUGAAGUUGUUGACGAAGAUGACAAUGUUUCAGGAAUGGAAGGAAGCGAACAGGACGAGGAAAUCAUCGAGAUUAUUGACUCAGACGACGAUGUACCUCCUCCGGUGACCAAGUCGAAAGUCCCCGCGAGCAGUUACGAAAAGAUACAAAGAUUUAUCGAGAGAACUGAACAAAAAUCCGCCGCAAAAUUUAAACCUAAUCAAUCGCUGUUUGCUACAGUGAAGAAGGAGGAUCGGACCGUCAACGACCUAAAGCAAGACAUUGUUCUUCCAUUCAGUCCUCCAACUAAGGAUCGGCCCCUCUCUAACGUUCAUCCUGAGAUGCACUCGCAGAGCGUCUAUGCGAAAAAGUGCAUAUUGUGUCCUUUCGUCGGUCGGCACCUGAUAAAUCACUACAUCAGUUUUCAUCCCCGUUUCGAAGUUCCAAUAUCGAGACUUCCGCCUAAGGCGCAGGAGCUGAUUGCGCGGAAUGAGUAUAACGUGGCUGUGGAGAUCGAGUCUAAUCCAUACAGCCCCAAACUGUUCUCGCACACCUGUCUGUUCUGCGACACGGAAUUCACCUUCGCAAUCAAGUCAUGGGUCGAUCACUUUGGAACUCACACCGGAGAAUAUAAUUUCAAAUGUUCGGAAUGCGGACGAAUGAUAAACUCGAAGCAUGACAUUCAUGAGCAUAUUCGAAAUUUCUGCAAAAAGGGUAAGGCUCUGGCUAGACAGUUCCCGGUCACAGACACGCAGACACUUCUUGCGUACAUCUGCAAGCUUUGCAAUUUCAUUCAAAUGAACCGCGGCAAUAUCGUCCAACAUCUCCGCGUGCAACACAAAUCCUUGACAACUGCCGACCAAAUCAUGCAGGUAACAUUGCUUCGUUUCAAUCAAGGAGUCAAUUCGAAAGAUGGAAUCAAAUCAAUGCUUGCAAAAAGGGAGGAUCGGAUCAAAGUGGAAAAUGCCCCAAUCGACACAAAGUACACAACAAGAGAAUACGUGAAGGUCGAGCAAUCUGACGCAAUUUAUGAAAUUUUGGUGCCAGAGACUGAACUGAAAGUUCCAUCGGAAACCCCGUCUACAAGUAAAACUAUAAAAAUGGAAUAUAGCUCCGAGAGUAAUUAUAGAUCGGAAACAUCGCGAAAUUUUGCCUCGCGGCUGUCGGUGCAAGGCGGAAGACCUCAACUGGUUAUUUCUGGACAACCUCUAGGGGGGAUACAAUCAUCGUCGAGACGCUCUGCUCCUUCUAGUUUGCACAGUAGUAAGUCCCAUCAAGCUUCUCGCGUUCCCCCAUCCAGUAUACUCGCUGAACCGGAAAUCGUUCAACGAAUUAGCCACCUUGGGUACAGUCACACCCCAGAUGGUACGAACAAAUAUCACUGCUGUGUUCGAUCUUGUACAUUUGCCGCAACAACUGUACCUAUCGCGCUUGCAACACAUAUCAUGGAUGACCAUCCCUCGCUAAUAUGGGAAGGAUAUUGUCGGGAGUGUCAAGGACACGUUGCCACUGGUAAAAAUAUGAAACUGACAAAAGAAAUUCAACAUCUGUUCGAGCACACCAGAAAGCGACCAGCCGAUACGAUGGAUUCACGUGACGACCAGUCUGCAACGCAUCCUACGAAAAUUCCACGUCGCUCGAUAACCACUCUUCAGAGACCUUGCACGAUUACACCCGUAACCUCACCUCCGACAAUGGCGGAUGACUCUGCUAAUCAGAUUAUCGCUCGAUUUGCCAAUAAUAAGAGCAUAACUAUCACGCGAGAAAUAAAAGCCGCAUCGCCAGACCGUUCCCCACCAAGAUUGCAACCACUAUCCCAACCUCAAGGCGCUGUUACCACGAAACAACAACAGGUCUUGAAAGAAGUCAAGCGAACAGCGCUGAAACCAUGGACUGUUUCGAAGAGUGUAAAAGCCGAGCACAUUGUCAAGUCCCUGCUGAGCGAUAUCUCGUUGUUUGCAUUCUUCAAAUGCAUGGGAAAUGAUUGCCACUUCACCACGAACGAUUCAAAUAAAAUGGCCGAACAUCUGGGAUUGCAUUCGGAACAAACCGACAAUGGGGCCUGCACGGAGCAAACGACUGAGUCCAAUGUUUUCUCCUGGCUGGAAUGCUGCUACUGCAGUACUUGGGCCGGAACUGUGAUGCAACUGAUUGCACAUAUCACGGCGAAGCACAGUCGCGAUAUAUAUCAAUGCCCACACUGCUUCUAUCGCUCAUGUGAAGACUACAAUGUUGUGACCCAUCUGAAGCACUACCAUCAGCAGCAACGAUUGUCGAUUUUGUAUUGCUUUGGACGAAAGCUACUAAAAGCUGGUGGAGACUUAGCCAUACAGGCGGUGAAGAGGACCCAAUGCGCCGGAUGCCCGUGCACAUUCAUGAAUCCUCUCGCAUUCGCCACAAAUGUCUCCGAGUACAUCGACAAUGAUCUUGGUGGUGACAUAUACAAAUGCUACUACUGCUCCAAGAAGCACACGAAAUCCAUCAUAGAAUAUGCCCGACAUAUUGUCGAACAUCGUCCUGUACACAAGGCGGACUCUUAUAAAUGCUUCAAAUGCUUCAAGGAUCAAACGCAGCUGAAUCAAUUGUCGAAUAAACAUAAUAUCAAAGCAUUCCAGUGCGUGCAUUGCGCGUAUUCGACAGACGACGAAUUUCAGAUUGGCCUUCACAUGGCACAGGUGCAUGCAUCGAAUUUAUUGUUUUGUGGAUUGAGAAUAAGAAUUCCUGCCAACACUACACAUGAGGAUCCAAACGCGAGAAUGGACAACGGCGCCGCAUUCGUGCUGCUGAGGAAGCGCGUGGGUGAUCACAGCUUCUAUAAGUGCCCAUACACACCUGUUCAACUGAAUUACUUAAAUCCGGCAAUCGAGCCCCAGCCAAUGGAAGACGAAGAAGAUGACGAAGACGAUUCACCCUCGUGCAGUAGCCCGGUGAUAUCUCAGAAUCCAGGUGGCUUGCUAAUAGCCCAAGUUCAAUCCAUAACAAACACCGAAUUUGCAUCUUUCAUUACAAUCGACGAUGACGAUUAGAGCGGUGAAUCGCAUUGUUGGUUUGCAGGAAUUCGGGGAAGUAAAUGUGGGGAAUUACGGCGUUAGAAAGCAUGGAUGAUGUCUAUUAAUUCAAAUUGUUCUAAUAGGAUAUUAGCGCUUCGGACAUAUGCCGCGUUUGCGGCGAUCUGGAUGUGAUGGAAAGGUUCACUGUUUCUAUCGAAAAUCGUUUUAGGUAUUUUAUUGUCGAUGAUAUGAAGGAGACAGUUAUAAUCCCUCACCUGUGCUGGUUUACUAUUCUUAAAGUUUUCACAAAAACAAUUGUUUGAAUUAGACUUAAAUUUCGCCUCUUUAAUUUUUUAGCUAGACUUAAGAGUAUUUUAAUGAAAUAGGAAAACAUAAUUGUGUAUUUGAUUUCAUAUAUUAACAUAUAAAGGAAUAUGUAAUAUCCUCUAUUUACUUGUGUUUACGUUGUACAAUAAAUUUCUAGAGAUCA